CAGAGCCGCGGGCGCGCUAGGAAAGGCCGUUGUGGGCGUGGCCUCGCUAGUGCGGCGCUGGCUGUGGAGGAGGGCAGAUCGCGCGGCGGGUGAUCCACACAGCGGGGACGGGCCGGAGUUGACCGACUACGGUGUGAGAGCCAUGUCAGGACGAGGGAAAUCCGGCGGCAAAGCCAGAGCCAAGGCCAAGUCUCGCUCCUCUAGGGCCGGGCUGCAGUUUCCAGUAGGCCGCGUCCACCGGCUGCUCCGGAAGGGGAAUUACGCUGAACGGGUCGGGGCUGGCGCUCCCGUCUACCUGGCCGCCGUGCUGGAGUACCUGUCGGCGGAGAUCCUGGAGCUGGCCGGGAACGCGGCGCGGGACAACAAGAAGACCCGCAUCAUCCCGCGGCACCUGCAGCUGGCGAUCCGCAACGACGAGGAGCUCAACAAGCUGCUGGGAGGGGUGACCAUCGCCCAGGGGGGCGUCCUGCCCAACAUCCAGGCGGUGCUGCUGCCCAAGAAGACCCAGACCUCCAAGAAAUGAGCGCCGACUACGGGGAGGGGGGGUUCUUAGUAGUCGGGGGCCUUAGGACCCAGGGCUGAGCGCUAGUUACCCCCAUUCCAGCUUCCAAAGUGUUAAUUAUCUUGUUAGAGGUAGGGGGUGCCAGUUGCCCCCAAUAUACAGCAGCCAAAGCCCAGUUUCCAGAUUUGUAAUUAAUUGCCGAUAAGUUUUGCAAAAAAUCGACUGCAGUCUGUCUGUACAAGCGCCAACACCCCCCCUUCAAAAUCUAGUCUUUACCGCAAGUGUUAAUUCCCCUUUAAGUCAAAUUAACCCCCCAAAGUCCCCCUUGGGUGCACACAUGGUUAAUUCAUGUUUUGCACCCUUUUUUUUACUAGGAUUAACUCUUUCCUGUGCUGGCAUGGAGGUAAAGCACCUUCUCCCCCGCAUCCUGUUUUACAAAGGGUUAACACACUUUUGACUUUCCAUAGUCCAGUCUUUUUAGGCGAUUUUAUCCUUCGUCCCCGUUUGUGGUCUGUCUUUGUUUUUGGGGGGGGCGGUUUGCACUUCUGUUUUCCUGUGUUGUGACGUAUUGUAACGUUCCGCUAGUUUUGGGGGGAGGACCAUCGAGUUCUUGGUCGUCACAGACAUCACCGCCGCUUAACCCUUUCUACACCGGCGUUUGCAUUUAAAUGUGGGUGGGGGCGUGUCGUUGUCAGUUUUCGGUUUCUCGUAGUGAAAGGCGCAGUCGGGCGGCGGCGGGUUGGUUCUGGUAGUCAUGUUACGGGAUUGGCUUAUUUUAGCAAAUGUGGAACGUAAGUUUUAUUUAUUUUUUCUCAUGAUGCGACAAUGUUACGGAUGUUCAUAGAAAGUAACUAUAGGUGAGUUCUUGCGUCAGUAAACCCCCUCCCCUCAAUACUAACCGGAGAUGCUGAGUAGUGUUCCUAAUGGAUGUGUUGCAUAAAUCGUCACACCCUCUCCAAACUGACCCUGCAUUGACCGUUAUGACUGGGAGUAUGAUGUAGAAAAUCUGGGACAUUUUUAAAGGGAUUGUCCAGAAUUAGAAAGUGUCUGCUUUCUCGCAGAAAAAAAAAACACAGCGCCACCCCCGUUCACAGGUCGUAUGUGGUAUCGCAUCUUCGCACCAUUCACUUCAGUAGAACUGAGCUGCAGUACCGGACACAACCCAUGGACAGGAGUGGCGCUGUUGGAAGGAGAAAGCAGCCAUGUUUUUCUAAUCCCAACAGUCAGAGGUAAUGUGAACAUGAUGUUAUAGAUCUCUGAAGUCCUUUAAUCCAGCACCAGUGAUAUCGGAUGGUUGUUGGGUUGUCAGAUAAUCGCAGGCUCAUUGACUCUCCACCUGUAACGCCGCUUUAGUUUUAGGUAAAGAGUUCUGUGCUGAGGUUUCUUCAUUUAUCUUUAUAGGAGUCGGCGCUCUGGCAUUUCUGAUACAUAGCUCCAGAGCUACUGCACAGAUAGUUAAGUGAUACCGUUUUAUUUGCCUGCAGCCACCACCCACCACUAGAUGGCGCUCAGGCACUCACUGCAUAUUGAUACAUUGAGGGCAAUAGGACUGUAUUCAGUACGCUCGUGAGCUCCCCCUAAUGGUGAAUGCAGACUGCCAGAAUGUUACCAUUUACUAUGUCCAGCCUGUGAUGCACUGAUUUUGUGCCCUUCAAGCUCUUAAAGAGAACCUUUUACUGGAUUUUAUCAAUUGAGAUAAGUACCUGUACUCCCAGGCGUUGACGCUCUGCGCUGCGAUUGGACAGCACUACAGCCAGGGGAGAAGGAACGCCCAGGGGGAAACAGGGCAACUCCGCCUAGUCCAACCAAUUCAGUGAAUAUACCGGGGGCCAGAGUGGGCGAACGGAGCUGCGCCCAGGGAUAAUAGUAAGUGCAGUGAGAUCCCUGGGCGCCGCUCUACACAGCCUGAUAAUUAUUUUGCAAUGUUUGGACCGAUGAAAGGUCCUCUUAGGGUACCUUCACACUUG